GAAAAAUGAAAGUGAAAGUGUGAAUUGGACAUAUAUUUGGCGUUGCGAAUCGUAGCUGAGUCUCAAUGAGUACCUCUGGAGAGCGUGGAGGCGGAUAUAGUCCGGAAGAGGACAUUCAUUCUGACCUAACUGAACAAGCGCGAUCAGACUCGCCUACAUCACAGUUGUCUCUGAAGAGUGGCCAAUCACUUCCUCAACCAAUCCAUUUCAGCAAUGAAACACAGAGAACAACAGAAAGAACUAAAGAGAAGAGAUCAGACUCUCCUACAUCACAAUUGUCUCUAGCGAGUGACCAGUCACUUCCUCAACCAAUUCACUUCGGCAAUAAAACUCAGAGAACUAUUGAAAGUCACGAUCAUAAAGAAGAUGAAAAGUCAAACAAGAGAUCGGGCUCACAUGCAGCACGUCGCAUCACAAGAACCUUACAGGUAUCUAAUGUACCAGACAGUCAAUGUCUGCUCCAUCGUUUUGUGGACAACAUGAGGACAGAUGUCUUCAAAGCCUUUAGAAGAGACCUAUGUGAGCAAUAUCCAGGAUGCUUCGGGAGUCAUCCAGAUGAGUUAACCAUCUCUGAUGUUACUGAGAAAAUGGUGCAGAGCUUUGGAGGAGAAGGAGCAUGGAGGAUCACUCAUUACUUUUUAGAAAAUUGUAAUCCUAUUGAAAAAAUCACAGAAGCCAAUAAAGCAAACCUGAAGCAAAGAUGUCAUCAGAUAAAUGAAGGGAAUACAUCUCGUGCUAAACAAAGUUUGUUAAGUGAGAUCCAUACAAAUCUUUACAUCACUGAAGGUGGAAGUGGACAGAUAAAUACUGAGCAUGAGGUGUUAAGGAAUGAGGUGAUUUCACAAAGCAGAACUGCUCAAGAAACUCAGUUAACAUGUAAUGACAUCUUCAAGACACUGCCAGGAGAAAAUAAACUAGUCAGAACAGUUUUGACAAUGGGGAUUGUUGGAAUUGGAAAGAAUGUUUCAGUGAAGAAGUUUAUUUUGGACUGGACAGAUGGAAAAGCAAACCAAGACAUUGAAAUCAUCAUUCAUCUACCAUUUCAGGAACUUAACCGAAGAAAGUGCAACUGUAGUCUUCAACAACUCAUUCAUCAAUAUGAUCCUGAAUUAAGAGAAGGAGAUGUUCAAAAAAUGAAAGUGUUGUUUAUUCUUGAUGGAUUAGAGGUCUGUCAGUAUCCUCUUGAUUUCCAAAACAAUGAUCACUGCUCUGAUAUAAAUGAUGAAACGUCUGUUGAUGUGCUGCUUACAAACCUGAUCAAGGGGAAUCUGCUUCCUUCUGCUCUUCUCUGGAUAACCACAAGACCAUCAUCAGCCUAUCGGAUUCCUCCUGAGUGUGUCCAUCGAGUCACAGAGAUUCAUGGGUUCAAUGACUGUCAGAAAGAAGAAUAUUUAAGAAAGAAAAUCAAAGACCAGAAACAGGCGAGUGACAUCAUCACUCACAUCAAAUCAUGUAGAAGUCUUUACAUCAUGUGCCACAUGCCAAUAUUCUGCUGGAUUACAGCCACUGUGCUAGAAAACAUGUUGAGUAACGGAAACUCUGAUAAAAAACCCAAAACUCUGACAGAGAUGUUCACUCACUUCCUCCUCAUUCAAAUCAGUCUGAAGCAUAAGAAGUUCAAUGGAACGAACAUAGAAAAUCCAAAGAAACUCUCUGAGUCAGACACAACGUUGAUUCUGAAACUGGGAGAACUGGCUUUCCAACAGCUGCAGAAGGAGAGUAGUACAUUCACUGAAGAUGACCUGAAAAACUGUGGCGUCGAUGUCAGUAAAGUCUCUCAGUACUCAAUGUGCACAGAGAUUUUCAGAGAGGAGUUGGGCUUGUACACAGACAAGAUCUACAGCUUUGUGCAUCUGAUCCUUCAGGAAUAUCUUGCAGCACUCUAUGCUCACUUUGCAUGUGUUAAUGAUGGUAAAAAUGUUCUUGUCCAAAGUGAACUUAAGUCAAGUCUUUCAGCUGUUCAUCAGAGCGCAGUGAACAAUGCUUUAGGAAGUAAAAAUGGACACCUGGAUCUCUUUCUGCGCUUUCUUCUGGGUCUUUCAGUUGAACCCAACCAAAGUCUUCUGAAAGACUUCAGGAAAAGCAGUUUAACUGAAUCCUGCACAAAUAAAAACAUGAUAGACGUUAUAAAAGAGAAGAUCAAACAGGAAGCAGCACCAGAGAGAAUCAUCAAUCUGUUUCAUUGUUUAAGUGAACUGAAUGACAACUCUUUUGUGAGAUCCGUUCAGUCCGCAAUGAAAUCAGGAACACUCUUAGGGAGUGAGCUGGACCCAGAGCAGUGGUCCGCACUGGCUUAUGUCUUACUCACAUCUGGAGAGGAGUUAGAGGAGUUUGACAUGAAGAAGUUUCACACGUCAACAGCAAACCAGCUCAGACUGCUUCCAGUACUCAAGAUCUGCAAAAUUGCCAGGUUGGAUUGCUGUAAUCUCUCUGUUGAGUCCUGUAAGAGAGUGGCCUCAGCUUUCCAGACAGUGAACUCACCUCUGAGAGAACUGAUUCUAAACAACAAUAAACUCAGCAAGUCCGGAGUGAACUUACUCUUGUCUGGACUCUGCAGUCCACACUGUCAACUACAGAAGUUAGGGCUGGCUGGCUGUGAUUUCCCUUCAGAGUCUUGCAAAAAUGUUGCCACAGUUCUCAAAUCCACAAACUCAUCUCUAACAGAACUGAAUCUAAGCUACAACAGAAUAAGCGAUGAUGGAGUGAACGAUCUUUGUACUGGAUUGAUGAGUCCAAAUUGUAGACUUAAGAUACUAAAAUUAAAGCGGUGUGAACUCACAGAGUCUUGCUGUGAGAAGCUGGCAUCAGUUUUGACACUGUCACACCUGAUUGAUUUACAACUGAAAUGCAAUGACCUGAAGGAUUCAGGUGUGGAAAAGCUCUCAGUUGGACUGGCGGCUCCACAAUGUAAAAUCGAGAGACUUGGAUUGUCAGGUUGUAUGAUCACAGAAAAGGGCUGCAGUUCUCUGGCUUUGGCUCUGAACUCAAACCCUGAUCAUCUGGGAGAUCUUGAUCUGAGCUACAACCACCCUGGAGACUCAGAGAUGAAACUGCGCACCGCUAAACAACAGGAUCCAGACUUUAAACUGGAUCUUGAAAAUGGAGGAGAGUGCCGGAUGAAACCAGGUCUUAAAAAAUAUGCCUGUUGGCCUACAGUGGAUCCAGACUUAAUAAACAGACGCCUCUUACUGUCUGACGAUAACCGGAGUGUGUCAGAAAGUAGAGUGGAACAACCAUAUCCUGACCAUCCUAACAGAUACCGACUCUAUCCUCAGGCUUUGUGCAAAGAGCCUAUAAGAGAGCGCUGUUACUUUGAGUUGAAGUGUAAGGGUGGAGUUAUUGUGGGUGUGGCCUAUAAGAGCCAAGAUCGAACACAAACAAUAAUGGGAGUUAAUAACAAGUUCCCCAGUCUUCACUGUCUGAAUGGUAAUCUGAAACUAUGGCAAAAUAAUGAGAGUACAUGCGCGUUCCCAAAAACUGCCAUGUCUAGCAGAAUAGCAGUUUAUGUAGACUGGGCAGCCGGCAGUUUGACAUAUUACAGCAUUUGUAAUGAUACACUCAUUCACCUGCACACACACCACACCACAUUCACAGAUGAAUUAUUUGCAGGGUUCUUUCUUAUGCCUGAUUCCUCUGUCACUCUUUGGAAGGGACCGUGAGUGAACAGUGUAACAGACUUUAGAUGCUAGAAGCACAGGUUGAUAGUUCCCCCAUACAUAUUAUUGUAAGUCAAAAGUAGCUUUAAUUAGUUUUGAGUGGUUGUAAUAAGAUUGUAUAAAUGUGCCUUAGAAAUAACAUUACUGGGCUGCAUCCUGAAACAACACAAUGAUAUGCAAACCUUUUUUAAUAUGUCACGUGCACAUGGUUUUCAAUUGAGACAGGUCGAGUGUGCAUUUAAGUCUGGGAGUAGUCUAACGCCUUGUCUGUGAAACCAGGCCUAUAUUUUACAUUAUAAUAUGUUUAUAUGCAUUGACUGUGUCAUAAAUAUGACAAAUAUUCUCCAUUUAAAUGAUCUGUACCAACCUUCAAUUCAUGUAGUCAUAGACGUACACAGCAUUAAGAGAUUUGUAGAAUGAAGUAUAACGUAUAAUGGCAAUAUAUAUAAUAAUGAGCUGAAUUUUUAUGUAUGAAAACUGUUCAAAAAAUUCUAAACUGAUUUGUAUUGAUCAGAAUAUAAUCAGUGGUUCUAAAAAUUGCAAAAAAUAACAAACAUUCAAUUUUCUAUGUUUUGUUAAUUUUGUUUCAUUGUACAAUAUUUUUACACUUCUAUUUAGUACUCUAUACUGCAUGUGUGUUUACACUCUGCUCCCUGUCGGAGCUUGUCAUGGCCAGUAAGCCGUCAAGCCUGCUCCUUCCCCUUAGCCUCCAAAGCACACUUUAUGCACUGAGCCUCUUUGUGCCAUAGCUGGAUCAGCUCCAGUUCUGACCAUGACUACUUCAGCUCUGCCCUGAUGUCAGGAGUCUACACUGCCUGCUUUCUUUAACUUACACUACAGUCAACUUCACCAUGGUCCACAGCCACACCAGUGCACCCUUGGUCACCUGUUUGUCCAGGACUAUGGGCACCUGCCUCUAUCAUGUCCCUUUGACCUGGCUCACUCACCAUCUCCGCCCCUGGACUAGAGUUAUCGUGUUCUUUUUGUGUUUUUAAACCAGUAUGUAGAAAUACAGAGUAAAUAAACAGAUAUCAUACAUUAAA